AUGGAUACUGCCAUCGACUUGUCCAAUGCGUCCAAGGCGCUGGAUCUUGAAAAUAUUAGAUUCCAGUUAAUCCGUCUCGAAGACACUAUAACGUUCCACCUAAUCGAGCGGGUUCAAUUCCCCCUCAACCAACCCAUCUAUGUCCCUGGCGGCGCUAGAAUCCCAGAUUCAGACCUCAGUCUUAUGGACUAUCUCCUAAGAGAACAAGAGCGCCUCCAAUCACGCGUGCGCCGCUACCAGUCUCCUGACGAAUAUCCUUUCUUCCCAGACGCCCUCGAGGAGCCUAUCCUCCAGUCCCUUAAUUACCCCAAGAUCCUCCACCCCAACGACGUAAACGUCAACGACAUCAUCAAGGCGCGAUACAUCAAUGACAUCCUACCCAACGCCUGCCGGAAAUUCGACCGCGAGGACCGUGGCGAGGCACAGGAGAACUACGGCUCGUCUGCUACGUGCGAUGUCAAUUGUCUGCAGGCUCUGUCAAGACGAAUACACUUCGGGAAGUUCGUGGCGGAGUCGAAGUUCCGGAUGAACCCUGAGAAGUUUGUGAAAUUGAUCAAGGCGAAUGAUCGCAAGGGGCUUGACGAGGCGAUUACCAACGUCGCGGUGGAGAGGAAAGUGCUGGAACGGCUAAGGCUGAAGGCGAAGACAUACGGGAGAGAUCCUGCGGGUCCUGAAACACCUAAUGGGAGUAACGAGAAGAUCAAUGUUGAAGCGGUUGUGGCUAUGUAUAGGGACAACGUGAUUCCCUUGACGAAGCUUGUGGAGGUGGAGUAUCUAAUGCAGCGUCUGCAUGGCACCGAGUGGGAGUAA